AUGUCUUUUGGCCUAAAGAAUGCUCCGCAGAUUUAUCAACGCCUCGUGGACAACGCGCUGUAUGGAUUUUUGAAGAUCUCGCGAUCUAGCGACACCGGGGCUACAACGGAUGCAGGGAUUGCGGACGAUCCUGAUCGCGAGUCAGUAUUGGGACGGAGAUCGUACAUCGACGACAUCAUGAUCGCAGCGGAAUCGUGGGAUCAAAUGUGCCGAAGAGUGGAAGAUCUGUUGGAAGCUUCCAAGCGUUUCUGGGGCAUGGAUAAGGUAGGAUAUCUGGGACACCGAGUGUCGAUCGGAGGUUUGGAGGCGAACCCAAAAGAUCUGAAAUCCCUAACCGAACUACCGUUCCCCGGAUCACUUCGAUCUAUGCACCGAUUCAUCGAAGAUUACGCUAUCUAUGUCUCGUUUGAAGAACUGGAGAAGCGAUCAGAUCUGAGGGAGAUCAUGGACCGGAACGACUCGAUCGUUCGAGAUUGCGACCCACCGGAACUGAAGUUGACGGCACCAGUGGACGAGAGAUGGAUCAGGGCACAUAGGGCCUUCAUCACCCUGAAAACCAAGAUCGCGACGACCCCAGUCCUCCGUCCUCCGCGACAUAGACGAGGCGAGAACGCCGGUAGUUAUUGUAUAUGCCAGUGA